UAUAUGAAGCUUGUCGGCAUUUGUCCAGUACGCACACCGAUACUCAAAUAUCCAAAUAGGUCAGUAACAGACUUAACAGGCAGGUUGACAAUCACUGCCCCAGUCCUCACCAUUCGAACACCGCCGAGGGGUACUUUCCAAAAAUGGCGUCCACCCAGGAAGAGAUGAGAAAGGGAGUGCCUAUCGAAAUGUACCUGGCUGAAUUAAAGCGUGUACCUGCCUCCAUCUCGAACCUGCUGUCAGAGUACUCUCAUAUUCCAAUCGACCAGCAAAAGGAACACAUCAAGACAAUCCGUGACCGGGCAUACGAAUCUCACCCAUACCCUUGUCUCGGGCGCUGGCGGUUCCUCGAGCUCGACCUCGCCGACCACCCACUUUACCACAGCGAUAUCUUGCCUGCCUUGAAAUCGGGCAACAAUGGCGGACAGGCACCAUGGAAAUUCCUCGAUCUCGGAUGUUGUCUCGCCCAAGAUGUGCGAAAGCUUGCCUUCGACGGGGCAGAUCUGUCGCGACUAUAUGGGGCUGAUUUGAAACCCGAAUUCAUCGACAUCGGUUAUGCAUUGUUCCGCGACGAGGACAAACUUCCGCGAGACCAUUUCAUCGCGCCCGCAGAUGUCUUUGACCUUUCUUCGGACACCGAGUUGAGCCGGAAAUGCGAUGGGACAGUCGGUAUCUUGCAGGCUUCCGCAGUAUUCCACCUCUUCGAUCUCUCGCAACAGAAAAUCAUGGCCCAGCGAUGCCUGAAACUGCUCGAUCCGAAGAGGAAAAGGGUCCUGAUGUGUGGAAGCCAGGUAGGGAAUCUCAAACCCUCAGAGUUUCCUAGGAGAUCUGGUGGAGGCACCAGAUUUCGGCAUAACGAAGACAGCUGGAGAGAAAUGUGGAAGGAGGCCAUUGUACAAGGCGACUGGAAAGAGAAGAUACGGGAUGUGGAAGUACAUGUGGUCAUGGCGGAGCAUGUUUGGACUGAGAAGCGCGAAGACGAGAUGAUGCAGGAGCGCAAUAAGCAUUUCGGAAGCGUGGAGGAGGGCUUCACAUGGAUGAGGUGGUGGGUUUGGGUUCACUUUGCGGAGUCGUAGAGGCCGGAACAUGGGCUCGAGAUGGAAGAGGCGACGCCGUGCGUACCUCUGAAUCGGAUGUCGAUCCGAGGAAAGGGCUUAUCAAAAACAUCCGACUAGCACGACUUGAAGUGCUGGCUGGUGGGAUGUAAUGUAGUGACUUUCCAUCUUUCGAAACCGGAUAUGUGGCGGUUUGCUAUGCCGUCCGGACGUCCUCUUACCAUCACUCUCGUUGAUCGGGUAGGAGUGAUCGUAAGUCAACAGUGUUAAAGACACACAACUGGCGCCAACGGACAGUGGAACAUUCGGUGAAGAGCAGAUGAUGUUGAGGAGGUGAAGUCGAGCUUGAUUGAGUACAUCAUCGCUUAGUCCGUCAGUAGGGGGCCUAACCCAGGUGACUGGUGACUUCCAAUCGAGCACCUUAGUGCAAAACGCCGGCUCGAGUUCGACCCU